GAGUUCUUUGAGUAAAAAAAAAAAACUCACUCAAAAGUUAGUGAUGGCCAAGUAUGGUUAUGCUUAUGGAGGCAACGCCACCAAGAGUGGUUUUCCACGUCGCUCUGAUGAAUGGAGCAAACCAAGCUAUGCAUCUGAAUCUGAUCAUUUGAGCCAGCCUGUCAUUGUCGUUGCAGAGGUAAGGAAGAUGCCAAUCAUUUUGGAAACUUCCAACAACUGUGCACAGAGGUAUGUUGCAGAAGUUGAGACAGCUGUUGAGGAGGUCUGUGCACCAUUGGUCAUAGAAUACAGACAUAGCUCCCCACCAAAAGUCAUGCCGACGAAAGACUAUGGACACAGACAUAGCUCCCUACCAAAGCUUGAGCAAACUAAAGACUCUGGAUACAAACAUGGUGCUCAAACAAAAGAUGAACUGGUGAAUGAUUACGGGUACGAGGUUGAGCCGAUGAAAGACUAUAGAUACAAACAUAGUUCCCCACCAACAGUUGAGCCAGUCAAAGACCAUGGAUACAAAAAUAGCUCCCCAGCAAAGGUCGAGCCGAUGAAAAACUAUGGAUACAAGGCCGAGCCAGUCAAGGACUAUGAAUAUAAGCCUGAGCCUGUGAAAGAGUAUGCAUAUAAGGUGGAGCCAAUCAAAGACUAUGAAUAUAAGCCAGAGCCACUGAGAGAUUACGGAUAUAAGUCAGAGCCAGCGAAAGGCCAUGGAUAUAAUCAAGCUCAAUCAGACAAGCAGAAUAGCAAUUUUCCUCGGUUCAGAGUACCAGCGAUCCAAAAACCAGUGCCAAAAAGAGAUACCUAUACAGAAAUCAUUGAUAAUAGGGAAGCUGCAAGGCGGUAUGGCAACUUAAUAUCUCAGCCACAAACCAUCGAUAGUAGAGAAGCUGCUAGGAAGUACGGUGGUGUUCUAAUAAAAUAGUUGAGCCUCAAGUCCAUGCUUCUAGCUGGGAGGUUUGUUUGGAGAUACUGGUCUAUUCUAUUAGUCCUUUCUCCCUUAUAUUAUUACCCAGUUACUUUUAUGUGGCUUUAUAAGUAAGUUGUAUGCCGAGCUUAGUAACGUAAGCUUGUAACCAAGUUGGGGCAUUAAAGUAGUUGAAUGUAUGAUGGAACCAGCUAGGUGGGAGAGGUGGCUGUUGGUCUGUCACAAGCUUGCCCCUCGUCCUUGGGUUAAAGGGCACCCCCAUCCACCAAGGGUGGGUAGCUCUCAAUAUCAAAAAAAAAAAAUAAGUAAGUUGUAUUACCUC